AUGAGUGUAAAAUAUAAAGUGGAAAAAUCUGAGAAAUUGGGCAGAUAUCUAGUUGCCGCAAAAGAUAUAAAGGCAGGUGAGAGGAUACUUUCUGAUGAGCCUUUCGUGUUGGGUCCUAGUAGUGACACGUCUCUAGUUUGCUUCAAUUGUUACUUGCCGCUGAUCAACAAGUUCCUUGUAUGUAAGAACUGUGCUGUCGCCCCGCUUUGUCCUGGGGAUGGAUGUCCGGAUGAGUUUGCAAAGUAUCAUGGCAGACAAGAAUGUGAUGUUUUUCGAAAUUUAAAACUUACGAAAGGUAUAAGUCCUAUGACUAUGGUACAGAACGUCGGUUCGAUAUCAGUCCUCCGGGCUUUGUUGAAGAAAGAAACUAAUUUGCUGGAGUGGAAAUUGUUUAUGGAAUUAGAAACUCAUUUAGAGAGGAGAAGAGAAAGUAACGUCUGGCAAUACUAUGAUAAUACUGUUAAGUUUAUUCAAUCGUUGGGACUCCUUGAAAACGGACAAAAUCAGGAUUUAGUUCAGAAGAUUUGUGCAGCUAUUGAUGUAAAUAGUUUCGAAGUGCGCGGUCCACCGAUACCAGCCAUAGGGUGCGCUGAGAUUUUGCGAGGAGUUUACUUACAGGCUGCUUUACUUAGUCACGAUUGUAUUGCUAACACGCACAUGUCCAUAAACGAUAGUAAUGUACUAGUGUGCCAUGCUAGUGUUGACAUAAAAAAGGGGGAAUCGAUAAAUUAUAAUUAUACAGAUCCGUUAAAAGGUACAAUACCAAGACAACAACAUCUUAUCGUUGGUAAAUACUUUAAAUGCACUUGUACCAGAUGUACAGACAACACAGAGCUGGGAACUUUUAUGAGUUCUGCGAUCUGUCCCGGAUGUAAGAAGGGAUACAUAACAAAAAAUGGUGAUAUGUGGAUUUGUUCCGACUGUAAAAAGGAAGUUGAGUCUAAGGAUAUUGAACAUAAGAUUAAAUGUUGUUCUGACAAAUUAGAAGUCAUAAAUAAGAAAGAUGAAAAAGAGUUAGAGGAAUAUAUUAAAUAUGUGUCUCUUGUGUUGGCACCUAGUCAUUAUUUAUUACUGGACGCCAAGCAACGUCUUGCGGGAGUCUUACGUGAUACAAUCAACAGAGAACCUCGGCCUACUAAGAAAUUAAUGGUUAGGAAGCUAGCACUCUGUGAGGAGAUAUUGCCUAUACUAGAGAUAGUUAGCCCUGGAAUAUGUAGGACGAAAGCGAUUACUCUAUACGAAUUGCACGCAACCACAGUGCAAUUAGCCAAAAAGUUAUUUGAUAGUCGAGAAAUGUCGGGAUCUGCCUACGUGGACGAGUUACUUAAGGCGGAAAAGUAUUUGAAACGAGCGUUGGAAAUGUUAGUUAUUGAACCAGGUAAUUCCCCGGAAGGAGAACUCUGUGCUAAAGCGCUAGAAGAAUACAGGGCCUUAAAAGUUACAAUUUCCAAGAUAGUAGAUUCUUUACAUGCCCAGGGAAAGACCUUUGGUAUGGAUUCCAUGACCAUAGAAGAAACGGAAAAUUCUACGUGCCUAGAUGUAGAUUAA